AUGUUGGUGGUCUGCUGUCCACGCAUUCUCCUUAGCCUUCCGUUUGCUGAACAGUGCGUUGAACUGCACCCACACUUCUCACCUACUGGCCCUGAAACAAAAUCUCCCCCUCUGUUUGAUCGCUUGGAUUGUGUCCACCAGUGUAUACACUAUUUCGUACCGUUAAAUUUUCUGCUUCCGCAGUGCGACUCAAAAGAAUCCACUCAAUCUGGUCAAAAGCCAGCAGCGGUCAAUUUCAAAUCAUUAACCAUUGAGCCUCCUUUGGCUUUAGGGUCGCUAAGAGGACCAUCCAGUUACAAAUCAAGUAGAAGGAAAACAUUCUUAACAGACUCUGUCAGGACAAAUCAGUCUACAUACAGAACUGACGCAUCUGAAUCUUCUGAUGAUCUGAUAAGCAGUAAGACUGAUUUGCUGUCAACACCGGUAUCUAAACCACAGCCGUGUGUUCGAACUACUUACAGUCACUACAAGUGGUCUGUUUUAUUACGAGCUAAACGCCAAGCGGAUGAUCUUCGACUCAAGUUUUGCAAAGAACGUUCCUCAGAAAGUUGCGCAAACUGUCAUGUUGGACAACUUCUGUCUGCGGGAGCACGUUUUGCGAAACAUAAAUAUACAUAG